AUGAGUCAAGCUCGUCUUGGACCGGAGUCACCACUCACUUCUAUGAUACCAGCAAAUGAUACACAUUGGGGUGAAAAUGCCCAAUUGAUCGUCAACAAUCCACUACGGCGCGCGCGAUUGAUAACUGCCUCAUUCAUGAAGGUGCUAACCUUGUCCAACGAGAAUCCUCCUGAAUCCUCAUCCUUGCUCAUACAUCACAACGUAGAAUACACCGGCAGCAUGCUUGCCUGUCUUCAUGUCUGUCCACAUUACUUAAUUAAUUUACCUUGGAGGCUCCUCAUGACAUUAUCUCGCCCUUCCCAACCUGCUGCCUUGCGAGGCACUUCCAACGAUCCAAAUGGCUCCCUAUCUAUUGGAGUCCCACUUCAGCAAUCUACUCACCUCAACGCUCCAACCGAACCGGGGUGUCCUCAGCUGUCCAUUGGAGUCCGUUCAGUCCCCGUGCCUGCCACCAAAAAAAAAAUCAACAUGCGCAGGGUGGCGUCUUGGAUUGAGGAUGAUAACGAGGAGGACGAUGAAGAAACCCCUUGUAAAAAACGCGACGUUCGCACCUUGAACGAGAAACAAGCUCACUGGGACGUUCCGGAGACACCUGUGCGGACAUACGACAUUCACCCAGAAACUGAUUUUCUUUACGGAUCGGACGUUGAGAGUAUUGACCUGGAUGAUUUACCCGCCUCGCCUCCUCCGCUACGUUACAAAUCUUCCCAGUGUCCUCAACAACUGCCUUGUGUGGACAAGAUAGAAUCGAAAGUCAAUCUAGAGUCUCGCUCAGAUUCAGAAGACGGAGAUCAAAUCACCCCGUCGAACUCAUUUUUUGUGUCACCCCAAUCGUCGUGGAUGAAACGUCGACCGAAGCGUUUGAAUAAGCUUGGUCAUUCGAUCUCUUUGCCAGCCUUGCACACUAGACAUAGCCAAUCCAUUUUGAUCUCACCCACCGGCUCCCCAAUAUUUGAAGAAGAAGAGCCAGGUAAUCUUGUGCCAGUGAGAAAACACAAAUCACAUUUCCCAUCAAUAUUCUUUGCAUUAUGGAUAUACCCCAUCAUAAAGUUUUUCAUGACAAUUACAAGGCUGUCUCAAAGUGCAUUACAAGGCCUCAUCAAUUUGGUAGACUUCCUUCAACGGGUGAUUGAUUCUAUUCAGCUUUACUUGGAAGAUUUGGAUGCCACCAUCGAUAGCAUCAGUCUUGCACUCGAAAACCUGGGACGAUUAGUUCAAAGAGAAGAACAACGGUUAAAAAAUCGCAGUCAGAUAUUCCAGGAUAAGAAAGCUUGA